UCAAGCAGCCAAGCUCAACAGUAUAUUUUACUAUUAUACAAAAUCCAAAAUAGAUACCAUAGAUAUACUUUAAUCGUGAUAAAUACUAAAUGGUUUAAAAUUUAAAUAGAUAAUUGAUUAUAUUUUGAAUUUUGAAUUCAAAAUGUUUGGAAUACUUGGAUAUUUAAUUUAAUAGGUUUAAAUAUUCCAAAAUAUUCGUUAAUUAUUUUUCUAAUUUACAAUUAAAACAAUUGAUACUUUAUUUACAUUAAAUAAAGAACAAAUACAUUUAUUAAUUUAAAAAUUUGUAAUAAAAUUAUUAAAACAUAUAGUUUAAAAAGUCUCUUUUUGGCUAAGCACUGUGGAAUAAGAUACUAAAAAUUGAAAAAGUGCUAAAUAAUGAACAUGAAAUUAUUAAGUUUACCAUGCAGAUAUACUUUCAGCAGGCAUUUGUAUUCCAGUUGUUCUGUAAAAGACAUUUUAAAUACACAACCUGAUGGUUGUAAGAAAAAAUUAAAGGGUUGGGCAAGAGCAAUGCGUAAAAUGAAAAAAAAUAUAUUUGUGGACUUAGAUGAUGGUUCUACACAUCGUCAUCUACAAGUAGUAAUACCUAAAAAUAAGAUUCCAGAUUCUUUGACUUAUGGAUGUUCUUUUGAAGCGGAGGGUGUCUUAGUUAAAAAUCCUAGCGAUCAACUUGAAUUGGUAGCUGAAUCUAUUAAUGUUUACGGGUCUUGUAUUGUUGAAGAUGGUUAUCCAUUUGGCCCUCGAAAAACUUACCACCCAGAAUAUGUAAGACAACAUUUACAUAUUCGACCACGUACAGCAACAUUUAGUAGUCUACUUAGACUUAGAGAUAAACUGUCUAGUGCUGUUAGAAAAAGAUUUGCUGAAGAUAAUUUUAUAGAAAUAAAUGCUCCAGUGUUAUCUUCUAAUGAUUGUGAAGGAGCUGGUGAAGUAUUUGCAGUUAAACCAGAUAGUGAUGAUUUGAUUAAAGAAAUGAUUUCAAAAGAUCAUCAGUCACCCAUGGAAGCUUUCUUUAAUGGACAAACGUAUUUAACAGUAUCUGGGCAGUUGCAUUUAGAAUGUAUGGCACGGGCUUUAACUAACGUUUAUUCAUUAGGGCCAACAUUUAGAGCUGAAAAUUCAAAGUCUAGAUUGCAUUUAUCAGAAUUUUAUAUGAUUGAAGCAGAACAAGCUUUCAUUAACAAUAUAGAAGAUCUCUUGAGCUCAAUAGAAAAAACUACAUCUACAGUUGUAAAACAACUAUUGGAACAAUCUAGCGAUGAAAUAGACCAUUACAGAACAAUCAUUGGUGCUUCUAAAGACAAUGACCCUGUGAACAUGGUGAAUGUUCCUUAUGAAGUAAUUAGUUACCAAAAAGCAUGUGAUGUACUAGAAAAAGAAAAUUGUUUUAAAAAUGAAAUGAUUCGUGGCAAGCCUUUGGCUAAAGAACAUGAAUUGUUUUUAGUGAAAUAUAAUGGUCAAAAACCAAUUUUUGUCAUAGACUGGCCUAAAGAUUUAAAACCAUUUUAUGCAAAAGCUAUACCUAAUAAUGAAUCUCUGGUGUAUGCUGUAGACCUAUUAUGUCCAAAUGUUGGUGAAUUAUGUGGUGGAAGUGUGCGUGAAGACGAUUAUGAUGUUUUAAAAGAAAAAUUGUCUUUGGUAGGAUUGGAAGACAAACUCAACUGGUAUUUAGAAUUGAGACAAUUUGGUAAUGUGCCUACUGCUGGUUUUGGUAUUGGUUUUGAACGAUUUCUUCAAGUUCUGUUAGAUGUACAAAAUAUUAAAGACACCAUUGCAUUUCCUCGAUGGCCACAUAAUUGUAAAAUGUAAUUCUUAAGUUUAAUAAAACUUUUGUCUUUCUUAUUAUUUCUAGUUUAUAAUAAACUAUUUAUUGUAAUUACUAUUGAUUAUUAUAUACUAUUUAGUAUGUUCUAUCAUAGUCAAUUUGAUUAACUUGAAUAAAUAUUUUAUUUUACAUGUUA